GCCAAGCUUCGCUUUGCUUUUGUGUAGGAAGUUUUGGAUAGGUUUUUGUUUUCAGUUAUAUGCUUUGCUUGACGAUUUUGCCAAUGAUUAGCUUUAAAAACGUUUCAAUCCCUGUUGAUUUUACCGAGAGGGGGCAGCAAAAAUUCUGAUGGCUAUUCUGGAGUAAUUUGGCUAUUUUUUUAAAAUCAAAUAGGGGAUGUUAUCAGAUUGAAGCGUGUGUUAAUCUUUUUACUACCCGCACGCGUCCAGACAAGAUGGUUCAUGCGUUUUUACAGCAGAUUUCCUCCAUUUUCACGCGUGAAACAGCCAGAUUUAAUUAUCUAUCUUUACCACUCGCUAGUGCUUGAAUUCUCACCCCUCCAAUAUCUGCCCUCAGUCUUCGUUUCAGUCCGCGCGAACUUCAAGUUGCUUGCCAAUACAGGUUGGACCUACCUGUCUUCAACUACAUACGAAAAUGCAUGAAGUGUACAUUGGGGGAACUGGACUUUCUCAGAAAUCACGCAGUGAGUUGCCCUGGAGAGGGAGACCGUAUUGCCUGGACCAAGUAUGAAAAGGAGUUUUUGUGCUUCUAUCUAACUUGUGCUUCUAUCUAACUAAACGAGGUUCAAGAUCUUGCUCGUAUGAUCCAAAAGUUUCGUGAAAAUUUGCUACUGAUAUUCUAUUCUAAUAUUUCAGAGAAAUUAAAUGUGCGACUGAAUUGUGGCGGUUUUCAUCUUCCUGAGCAAUUCCUUGACACUUUCCUCGUCCUUGGUCUACCACCCCUUGUGUUUUUUGAUAAUCCUCUUCCUCACAUUUUGUCGCUACUCUUGUAGUUUUUAUGGAUACUUCAAAUCUUCUUUGUGGAAAUCCUUGUGUAAACGAUGGGUGCAGUGAAGUCGCAACAUGUAAUGAAACAUGUAUCCUUGAUUUAUCAACUUCGUCCACGACUGCUAACGAUAAUGCCUCUUGCGUAGAUGAGACUACCACACACUUUUUAACGCAAAAUUUUGUCUUGGUUCCUAGCAGUGCAAUAAUUCCGGCACCACCACAGCCUCCACAAGGUAGAAAAGUGCAAAGAAAUCCGUGUGGAAGCCAGAGCAGCGAAUUUCAGAAAUCUCUGCUGAAUCCAGACGUACUACCGAAAAAGUAUCAGCCUAUAUUGCCUGCUAAAGUGCCGAAGAAUCCUUCUCAAGUGCACCUUUCGCAAUCUUCAAAUCUAUACCGAAUUGAUCGCAACAAUUUGUGCCGCCCGUUUCAGACUAUAGCAGCGAAACCAAAGAAGCCAACAGUUACAAAAAUUGCGCCAGCGCCUCUUAAACCACCUCCAAUUGUACCCAACAUUCAGAGCCAUCUAAACAACUCACAGCCACAUACAAUUGUUUUUUGUCCUGUUAGUCAGCAAAGUGGACUAAAUUUGAAACUGACACCUUACAAACCUAUUCUACCGGCCCCUUCGAAGCAAAAUCAGUUUUCGCGUUCACCUAUUCCCAUCCCAACAACUUCAAAUCAGAGGUUCGUGCAAUUUGACAGCUCAUCGAAGCAGGCAAUUAGUAGUAACCCAAAGGCUCAGAGUCAACCAAUUAAAAUGGAAUCCGAUCCAAAACCUUUAAAUACGAGACCAACGAGCAUUGUGCACCCGUUCAAUACUUCUAAAAAACCUACGCCAAUCAAAUCAAAACUUCCAAAAACAAACGAUCCCCAAAAGUCGCCGUCUUCGUCAAUAGUUAUUCCCAGCUUCGCAGUCGCGCCGUUUGUAGACCCCAUGGCAAAGCAACCUGAUCAUGAAGACACGCAUCGAUAUGAAAGCACGUUGCAGUCAAGUGCGAAAGUGUUGGAAACCAUAGACACUGCAAUGAAACAGGAGGCGGGGUCUCCUGGCCACGCUUUGGUUACACAAAGUUCAAAGCGAGAGAUAUCAGUGGAAUCAUCAGAGUCAGGAGAUUAUAAAUUAACUAUCGACGAAACUAUCGAAGAGAUAGAAAAAAAUUCAAGCUGCAUAAUUGCGGCGGAGCCUUCAAUUAAAACUAAAGUUGUUCACGUGCCACAUAGUGAUGAAAAAGAAAGCAAAAACAGAAAGUUAGCCAUUGUUGGUCCUACUGUUCUAAAGCAUUAUCUCAAUGGGAUUUGGAUAGAAGAAACCGUAACUGACUCGAAUCAGUCAAAAAGCAAAGCUGAACGUGCAGAUAAAGAAGACAAAGCUUCAAGGAAACGACCACAUACAAACGAUGACCAAAAUGUCUCAUCUACUUCUAAGAAAAAGAAACAGAGAAAAAGUAGCGAUUAUGUACCGGAAACAAAAAUAAAAACACCACUAAAGAAGUCGUUUGCCGAAAAACCCCAAGUUGAAGUACAGAAGUCAAAUCCAAUUCAUCAAAAUCUGAGUCUGGAUAUUCCAGGAUCCACAAUUUUAAAUGAAGUUGAACGGGUAUCCAACGCAUCUUCGCUGCUGCAGACAUCCAGUUCCACCAGUAGUGGAGUAUACAGUGCCUCGGAGUCAUCUGCAAGCGGAAGUCACCUCCAAAAUUGCGACUCCAUUGGACAAUCAAGUGGACUUGUGUCACCCGAAAGUGUCGAAAAAGCCAAUUCCGCGACAUCCAGUGACCUUAUUGUGCGCCAACCACCCCCUAUAUCACCUAUCAGAGCGCCAUGUGAUAAACCUAUAAUGCAGUGGUCUACAUCAGAUGUUUACAACUUCGUCAGAUCAGUUCCUGCCGGCAGUGAAUACGCUGACCAGUUCAAGAGCCAAGACAUCGACGGUCAAGCGCUCUCGAUGCUAAAAGAAGUCCACUUAAUGAGUGCAAUGAAAAUGAAGCUAGGACCGGCUUUGAAAAUAUGUUCCAGCAUACGUAAACUGAAAGAGCAAGGCUUCUGAUUUAAACUAUUUCUCGUGCAUUUAUUGAAGCUCUUUCCAUGAUAGAUUUUAUUACUCUCCAAUUUGAAGUAUUUUGGCCCCCUGUGUCUCGAUGGGUGUCCAUAGUUCAAUGAUCUGAGCUUAAGUCAUACUUAUUCAUACUGCAUAUACUUCUAACUUUCAAUGAUAUGCACUGGUGGAGAGGAGAGGAGAGUGACCUUUUUAUGUUGCUUCUAUAGUUUAGAUAGGCUUGAUCGAUGUUUUUUAUUUCGGUUGAUUUUAGAAAAAUUAUGUAAAAUAUAAUUUUGUUCAUUUUCAAAUUGCAAGCAUUUAUAUCAAAAAUUUAUUUGCAAAUUAUUACU